UUCAAGGAGUAGUUGGGAGCGGUGAUGUUGGCGGAGAGAUGGGCCCAAUGAAGCGCUGAACCGAGCCCUGGGGAUCAUCAACACAAGUCUUCCCGAAAGCGAUAACUCUGAGGCGCAGCGUGAAUGUGGAGGGCAUUAACUCCUUGUUGCCAUGACAACAGGCGACUGCUGUCAUCUUCCAGGAUCUCUCUGUGAUUGUAAUGGCAGUGCCACCUUUUCUAAGACAGUAGUGGCAGCUGAUGUGGGGAGGCCUCAAUACGUCACACAAGUAACAGCAAAAAAUGGACGUCUGCUGUCAACUGUCAUUAAGGCUCUAAGCACUCAAAGUGAUGGACCAAUUUGCCGAAUAUGUCAUGAGGGCAACAACUUGGAAAGCUUGCUGUCACCUUGUGAUUGCACUGGAACACUUGGGACAGUUCACAAAACCUGCCUAGAGCGAUGGCUCUCAUCAUCUAAUACCAGCUACUGCGAACUUUGCCACACUGAGUUUGUGGUGGAGCGAAGGCCUAGACCUUUGAGAGAGUGGCUCAGAGAUCCAGGUCCCAGGAAUGAGAAGAGGACAUUAUUUUGUGACAUGAUUUGCUUUCUUUUCAUCACUCCAUUAGCAGCAAUCUCUGGUUGGCUCUGUUUGCGAGGGGCACAGGAUCAUCUACAAUUCAACAGCCGCCUGGAGGCAGUUGGACUUAUUGCACUCACUGUUGCACUUUUUACCAUCUAUGUCCUGUGGACACUGGUUUCAUUCCGCUAUCACUGCCAGCUCUACUCAGAAUGGCGAAGGACCAACCAAAAGGUCCGAUUGAUGGCUGCAGACCAUAACAAUGCCACUCCGCAUUCACUCCUCUCAUCAAAGCUCGUGAGGAAAGAUUCCAGUGAAACAAUUGUGUGAAUUUAUUGGCAAAGAACUAUAAAGAAAUGAAAAUUCACACAAUUUACACUUGUCCCCAAAAUGUGUUAUGUAACUCCAGCCAACAUCGGCACAACAACAGCAACUUGUUUAAUAGAAUACACGCAAGAAACAAACUUCAUUUGCAACAUUCUCAGGAGCCAGUAUAUAUGCAGCCAGCAUCUAAAUGCAAUCCUGAUGAACAGUGGGAUUAAAAACAUCAUAUUAUCGCUACUCAAUUAGAUGGUGGUUAUUCUCCUAUUGUAAGGUUCAAGCUUAUGGAAUGGAAACACGGAGUUUUAAAUUUGACAAUCAUUUGUGCUUUCCUGUGCAAAAUAACAGGGCAAAGAACACAAGGAUGAGAAGUGUGUGUGAUCUUAACCUACUUUAUUAUAAACUAGAGGCAGCAACUAGCCUUGAACAUAAAGUAUACCCUUAGUAUUGCACAGUAAUCAGUUAUAGUUAUUGGGUCGGUCAGCACUAAUUAUGUAAAGACCUGGAGACCCGUUCUAAUUUUAUUUUUGCUGAAUGUUAUUUUUAAAUAGAAAAGUGGCAGAGCAGAGAUCCAAGCUUGUUGGAAUUCAGAAAGUUUAAAAGUGCACCCAAAGGUUUGAAUUGUAUCCUUUUGAAUUUCUAUAGAAGAUGUGAUAGGAAGUGCGCUCAUCACCUGUGUACGUUAAUUAACACUGGUCUUAUGCAUCACCAAUUUACAACAACUUGAUGUCACAACAUUCUAAUAUUGGUGUUAUGGCAGUGAUUCUUGGGUGGUUUUCUCCUGACUUUAAUAAAUGACACUGUUGGGCACCAAAUACUUUGCAUGUUUUAAAAAAAACAUAUUUUUGUGAUAAAGUUAGCAACACUACAAUCAGCUUCCUGUACUCAUGACCACAGUGCAUAGUCAGAGAGCUUGUGAGCCUCACUAAAUGAGAACUUCUGAGAUCAACUUUAUAAUAUUCAAACGGGAUAAUGGUGUCCAAGGAAGGUUAGAGUAAGUAAAAGUAACCAGAGUGCAGAAUUGGAGCCAUAGAAAUCAUUAAUAUUUUGAAAUCUAUAUAGAGCUCAUGAGGGAAGGAAAGUCUAGGAGAGUGUUAUUCAAAGUGCUUAUUAUUUUUCACUGCAAACAAUUUGACAAAAUUUCGCUUGAAUGAAAAUCAGAUACAGGAAAACCUUAUUAAGUUCUAGAAUAAAAUGGGUUGAGGCAGGGACUGCAGAUUAAUAAAUAGUUCUCUCCCCAGACCUGCUUUUCCCUUUUAAACUGCAGGAGCUUAAAAGGAUUUUUUGCUAUCUUGUUAGAGUAGUGGUAUAUUUACAUCUCCUUCCUACCCCUCUAUGGUCAUCCAUAAACAUUUAAUGAAUGAAAUGGCAAAAGAAUACUAUACCGUUUGUGAAAAAUUUUAAAGAGGACUUAUUGUAUUUAAACUCACUUUUCAAUGUGUUUACCACCUUUUAUUUUUCAGAAUGUUUUUAAUUUUUUUAUUGUAGAGUACUUGAUGCACAUUUUAAGGGUUUUGUGCAAUUCCAAAAUGAUGUAAAGUUUAAACAAAAGUUUAAGGAGAUUGUAAUUUUUAAAAAAUUUGUUUACUUCAGUAUUUCUCCUUUUGAUCAUUGAUCUCUAAAUUGAAACUGAUCGUGACAGAGCAGUGAACACUGAUUGUGAUGACAUAACUCCAGAAAACUCUAUAACUCUCAUUUAUCAUCAUUUUUCUCUUUUUGGAUAACCUGUACUUACUUUAUAGCAAACCAUCAACUAUGAUUAAGAAACAUAGAACAAUAGAAGCGUAAGCUGAGAUUCAGCACAUUAUGUAAACAUCACCAUCAUAAAACAUGACACAAAUGUUCCACUGAACCCCUAUUUAAUCCCCCAAAUCCCCUUUUCUCAUUAUCUCUGCAAAAAAAAGGAAAAAAUAGGCACUUUGCAAAAUAUAAUGGAGUUUGUUGUCAACGAAAACUGAACACUAUGUUUAUGCAUUCAUGACUCUAUCAACACUUCCACAAGGAAGAGCAAAAUUGUGAGAUAAAAAGAAAAUCUUUCAGGCUGAAACAAAGUACUGGCUACAUUGGAAAUGCACUUUGUUUUCAUUAGCUUUUCAGCAUUCUGAAUUGUUUUCUUAUUUUUUAAUGUAGUAAAAUGUAGUUUUUAAUGUAGAACUUGACGAACACAAAAGCAAAGGAGUACUUUAAUCCUAUUGUGCAAAUGAUAAAUUUUUGCUAAUGGGUGUGCCUUCAUUAUGUUCACAGCCAGUUUACAUGGGAGUGGUUGUGUGAGCUUAUUGUAAACAAUCUUGUUCUUCGGUUUUGAACUGUUGAUUGGAAAUGCUACAUGUUGAUAACCAUAUACUCCCAAGCACAUCUAUUUGUUGCUUAAGAAAACUAGGAUAAUAAAAAUAACACCAAAGUUUUAGCUGGCUUGCUAACUAAAAGAAGAUAAAUAUAGCGCUUUAUAAAAUUUUCAGGCCACCCCAAAGCACUUCACAGCCAAUAGAUUACUUUUUCAUUAUAGUGAUUUAUUGACCUUGCAGACGAACUAGCAGACAAUCUUUGCUCAACAGGUUGCCACAAAAAGCAGUGUAAUGAAUGAAUGCAUGAACUAUUUUGGUUGUAGUUGAAGGAGGAGUGUUGGCUAAAAGAUAAGCAGAUUUUGCCUGCUCCUCCUUAAAUAAUUCUGUGGCAAAAGGUAGACAGGGCCCUGGUUAAUAGUCUCAUCCAGACAACAGCACCUCUGACAAUGCAGCAUUCAGUCAGCACUCCAACUAUAGUAUCAGACUUUGUGAUUUGUGGGAAGAGGGAGCUUUCAACCCAUAAACCUCUGACUCAGAGAUGAGUGCUACCAACUAAAGUGAACUGACCUUUCAGUUAAGGGAAUUUUUGAAAAUGUUGCUUUUGUUUUCAUAAACUAUGCCUUUUGAAUAUAACUUAUUCUAGAGCUUGAUUAAAUCACAAUAUUUUCAACAUUAGAAAAAUAUAAUACCCCAUUGUUCUUCUGAUUUGGUGUGAACUGUGUAGUGAUCCUCAAGGCUUCAAUCUGGGUACAAGCUUGCUCUGUUUAUUGUGAAACUGACUGCGCAAUAUAUGGGGAUGUGCAGCAGCCUUUCCUCUGGCCAGGUACAGGAAUCCCAGCAAUGUAGUCUGUUAAUGAUUUUUGAACUUUCCAUUUUUGAAUAGCAGCUUUAGUUUUAUAUUCCAUUGCCUGACUGCUAGGAAAAUCUUGCUGCCUUGUGUAACACAGACGUCAUCAUUGUCAGUACAUAACAUAGCCAAGCACCUGCCUGUGGGGCUUUAAAUACAAAGCAGUACUGUAUAAAGAAUGUGAGUUUGUUUACAUUUCCUCUUUUUGCUUAAUGUGGUUGCUGACUUUCUUUACAACCUGCCAUCUUGAGCCUUAAUUUGCUUAUUUGAACCUUUUUUCUCCAAGUAACUCCAAGUUAGAUAGGUAUUAUUCGAUAAAUGUUUCUUGUUUUGAUAAUUUUUAUUAAUCAGAGUAUAAAAUUGCACCUGUAUCUGUUACAGAUGGAAAUUUUAUUUUUGUUUAACCAAAAUGGUACAAAACAAAAUGUAGGUUGUUGCCCUUGUUAAAUCUUUUAAUUCAUAGCACAAGCACAUUUUUUGAUGACCAGGUUAAAAGUGGAGUUGGCUAAGAAUAUUUUGUUAAAGUUGCAGACUCACCUUUUCAUUUGACCUUCAACUUUUAACAUUCCAUUUAAUUCCUUUCCAAAGUCAAUUUGCAAAAUAUAUUUGCUGUAUGAAUGAUGAAUCUUCACUUUCCCAUUCUUGUUAAUAGAAUUGAUUAAAGAAAAGUAAUUGUUUUUGUCUAAUGUUGAGUGAGAUGUGAAGGUGUAGUGGAUAAGCAGGCCUGAUUCUUUAUACCUGGUUGAAAGUGCGGCUUCCAGAACAGUGAAAAAUGAUUUAUGGUACUAGGGAAAUUAGAUCAUGGGAACGAUUUCCUGCUCACUGACACUGGGAAAGUAGCAGUAGUGAUGAUGAUGAUCAUGUAGCGAUAAUGAACAUUUAUCAUUGCUGAAGCAGAAAUGGGGAAUCCAGUUCACAGUCCUGCUCCUAAUCACUGUCCGCUAACCCCUGCUGAUAGGCUCACCAGUGUGGAUGUCUGAUAUGUGAAAAGGAUGGGCCUGGGCCCUGAUGCAUAUUAAAUAACCUCUUAACAGUUUCUGUCAGUGUUCACCACGUGAAAGCAUUGCCAUAGGGGUGAGGUAUCAAAUAGGGUGACCUGUACCCCAGCAUGAGUUGGCUCAUUCAAGAAGGUUGGAGAAAGUUUUAGUUCCCAUUUUGUAAGUACCAAAGCUUCAAGGAACUGAACCAAUUUUUAAAAAAUUGAGCAUUUUCAAAAAUGUAUUAUACAGGCACUUAAAAAAAAAAGUCAGAUGUGGAUUUAUCCAAUGACUAUACUGACAUUGUGAAACAAAUCCAUUUUGAAAAGUAGAGGGAUGUAGUUGAGAUGUAACCAUAAAUAUUGCACAAAGUUUGAGCUGUUAGAUUUGGACAUUCUCCAAUGGUGUGCUGAGUUUUAACGACUGACAAUCAGUCCUUCCCUUUUCAGAACGGAGCAGAGCAAGAUAAAACAUGCUAUAUUAUUUCCGUGAUCCUGAUUCUAGAUCUUGAGCUGAUGCCUUUUCUUUCUUUCUUGAAUGUCUUUCAAAAUAUAAAACUUAAAUUGGUGCAUGAAUACUUUUGUCAAUGUUUUUAAAACUGAACUUUUGUCCCCAGAGCGACUUGCCAGUUAUACUGUUGAACAUGCAACAUUGGAGUGUGCACAACUAUGUUAUGUUCUCUCUGGAGUUUUAUUCAACUGAUUGUCUUGGAUUAAAAGGAUCCAAAAAAUUCCAUGACUAUUCUUUGUUCCUUCUGACUCAUUGGACAGAGAGCUGGUUUUAAGGAUUUGGGUGGGAUUGUAAUGUGUCUGAGGAUUUCGUGUAGAUGGAUUGGUGCUGCAGGAUUGACUAUUAGAGUACUUCUUAAAACUGGACAUCUUCUCCAUUCAAAGAGUGGGGCAUGUGUUAUACUAUGUUUGUGUUUACAACCAUUUAUGUACACCUUUACUUUUUUUUUAAUGUUCCACUUUAUCUAGGACAAGAGUACAAACAGUGAUAGAGCUCAUGAGCAAGAUUUUACCAGCCCCAGGUAGCAGGAAGGGGGUUGGUAAAAUGCCGGGAGGCUGAGUUAAGACAACUCUUUGACGCAGUCCCACCACCUGGGAAAUCUCCCAGUCUUGGGAAAGGCAGCGGCUCAAACGCCCGUUGAAUGGUCAUGGGCAACCAAUUUAGCCAAUUAAAGACCCAGCUGAGAUUCAUUUUCCCUGGCAGCCGAUAUUUUGUCAGCGGCGAGUGGCUUCUCUCAGCGUGAGAAGGUGACCUGCUUGCAGCCUUCGGUGGGGAGCCAUUGGAGCUGGAGGCCACAGUACCCAAGGAGUGGAGUGCUGGCAAUAAUGGCAGCCCCUGCACUCCUGACAUCACUGCUAGAGGGUUUUACCCUCUAAACACCAGGGCAUGCCUGCUUGGCCCCAGCAGAAAAAUGAAAUGUCAUCCUCCCCUGCAGGCAUGCCUCAAGAUGGAGACACCUCUCAUUGUCCACACUGCCUCAGCACAGCUACCUCACUCAGUGGUGCUACUGAGGCUUCUUCACUGCCAGCCCUCUGAUUAGACUGACAGCAUGGAUUUAUUGGACAGUAGACCAGACAGCAGCCAAUUAAGAGGCCUCUUCCAGCAAGAUUGCCACUGUGGUCCCACUGCCCGCCUGUGCAGGCUUAGGACCCACAUAUGGUCUCUGCAUCAGGAUUCAUCCCUUUCAGAGAAAAUCUCAGCCCAUGUGUUUGGUUCUAAAUUGGCUAAAGCAAUUCUUUGUUUUAAAUUAAUGCUGUUAUUUCUGGUUAAUUGAUUUAUUUUGGAAGUUGCUAUUUGCAUAAUAUAUUAAAAUAUUAUUGAUUUCAAAAAAGCAAGGUUGCUGAGCCAUAGUCACCAGAAAUUUUAGGUUUGAUCCUGGUCCUUGCUGAAUUGGUUAGGAUGACCACAGGGGCACUCAAUGCCAAUGGAUUAGAGAAAGAAUAAUUACCGGGGUUUCUUGCUCCUCAACACUAUCCCUACUGGACAGCAUGAUUGUGUUAGUACUGAGCAUGAGCAGAAUUUUGAUACAAUCAAAUGGUCUGUCUAUAGUCACUGGAGGCUCUUUUUGCCAAAUCAAAAAUGACUAAUUGAAUAUGGUAGUGAAGGAAAUUUACCCCAUCAAGAAAUUAAGAUUGGGAAGAGGGGAGGAAAAGUUGAAAGGACAAAUUAGGAGAGGAGAUUUUUUUAAACACCUUUUAAUAUCCUAUAUGAGCAUCCAAAGAGUAAGUCAGUAUCUAGAAUCUCUUAUCCAGGAUGUCGUUCCGAUGUUACGUACUGUUAACCCAAUCACAACAAUGCACUAUGUAUCUGUAAUACAAAAUUUUCAGCCUGAGAAUUAAUUAUGGAAAAUUUUCCUCUUCUGUAAAUCUUCUUUCUCUUGCUUGGCCUUGUAUCAAAGUGGUGCCCAUCACAUUUUAGGAACAUAGGAACAUUUGGGUGAACCUUUGUUAUAAGUUCUAUUGUAUGAGGAAAGAUACUGUUCCUCAUACAAUAGAACUUAGAACAAAAGUCCACCCAAAUCAUGAAUUUCAGAAAUGUUCUUACCUUCCUAAAAUGUGGUGAGCAACAUUUUGAUACAGCCAAACAAGAGAGAGACUUACAGAAGGGGGAAAUAGGGAGAUAUGAUUUCUUUAAAUCCUCCCUUAACCUGAAGUGUUUGAAGAUGACACUCUAAAAUAACAUGAACAGAAUUCCGCUCAUGAAGCUGAAGCUUUGGCCUUGUUGAGAAAAUUCCGGUUCAGGAUAAAAACUGUUCAGUAUUUGUUUCUGCCUCCUCAGAAGGUGUCUUGGAAAAGUCCAAAAAACAUGUUUUAAGAACUCUCUCACUUAUGCAGUUAGGCUUUUAAUGGUGGUAUUUCCAUUUAUUUCAAGAUAGAUGUUUGGUUUCAAGUGUUUAUUUUUUUGCAAAGAUUGCAUCAAGCUCUUUGCUGGAAGGAUUUUGCAUGGAAAUAAAGUGGAAAUAAAGAGGUCUUGGACACCUCAAGGUGUAUAGUUCUUGUGAUUCUGUCCCAGCAGUAGGUAAUUGUUAUAUACAUUGUUAAUGUCAUUACUCUUUGAAUGUAUAAUGUUUUAACUAUCUGGUUUGCAGUUGCUAUAAAUUGUAAAUAUAUAUCCAGUUAUUGUACUCUGGCUAUUGCCGUUAUUAUAAUGCCUUUGGCUGAUUGUCUUCAUUCCAUUUUGUAAAUAAGAUACAUGUAUUCGUUAUUCAAUUUAGUACCUUGAAUAAACCAUAUCCAAAGUCAA